GUAGGACGGGAGGAGGAAGAGGGGAAGGAGGAAGAAGAAGAUGAGGAGGAGGAGGAAGACGAAGGAGGGGAUGAGGAGGAAGAGGAAGAAGAAGAAGAUGAGGAGGAGGAAGAGGGGAAGGAGGAAGAAGAAGAUGAGGAGGAGGAGGAAGACGAAGGAGGGGAAGAGGAGGAAGAGGAAGUAAAUGAAGCUGAGGAAGAAGAAGAUGAGGAGGAGGAGGAAGACGAAGGAGGGGAUGAGGAGGAAGAGGAAGUAAAUGAAGAUGAGGUUACGAAGGAAGAAGAUAAAAAGGAAGAGGGGGAAUCGAAUGUAGGACGGGAGGAGGAAGAGGGGAAGGAGGAAGAAGAAGAUGAGGAGGAGGAAGAGGGGAAGGAGGAAGAAGAAGAUGAGGAGGAGGAGGAAGACGAAGGAGGGGAAGAGGAGGAAGAGGAAGAGGAAGAGGGGAAGGAGGAAGAAGAAGAUGAGGAGGAGGAGGAAGACGAAGGAGGGGAAGAGGAGGAAGAGGAAGUAAAUGAAGCUGAGGUGCCGAAGGAAGAAGAUAAAAAGGAAGAGGGGGAAUCGAAUGUAGGACGGGAGGAGGAAGAGGGGAAGGAGGAAGAAGAAGAUGAGGAGGAGGAGGAAGACGAAGGAGGGGAAGAGGAGGAAGAGGAAGUAAAUGAAGAUGAGGUGACGAAGGAAGAAGAUAAAAAGGAAGAGGUGGAAUCGAAUGUAGGACUGGAGGAGGAAGAGGGGAAGGAGGAAGAAGAAGAUGAGGAGGAGGAAGAGGGGACGGAGGGAGAAGAAGAGGAGGUAAAUGAAGAUGAGGUGACUAAGAAAGAAGAAGAGAAGGAAGAAGAUAAAAACAAAGAGGUGGACGCAAAUGUAGGACUAGAAGAGGAAGAAGAAGAUGAGGAG